AUGGCUUCAUUUCAAUCUGGGCACAAUGAGGGAUUUCAAUUCGGCUAUAACUAUGGCACAGUAAAUGCGGUGAUCCACAACAAUGUUCCGCCAGCAACCCCUCACCGGAAAGAAGAUGAGACCCAGACAAUUCGAAGCUGGCUCAAUGCUCCCAAUCCCGAAAUAAAGCAAAAUAUUUUCAAUCAAAAACACCAUAAAGGCAUUGGAGAGUGGUUCUUGAACUCCGAUUCCUUCAGAAAUUGGCUCAGUACCUCAGAUUCAUUUUUAUGGGUGCACGGCGUACCUGGGUGUGGUAAAUCAGUCAUGUUCUCCGCGGCUGUCGAAAAUAUCAGGCAAUUACAUGCAAAUGCCGGGUUCGCUUUUUUCUACUUCAAUUUCAACGAUCGAUCGCAACAAAAUGCAUCUGGGAUGCUACGUUCGCUAAUACUCCAGCUCUUGCCAAAGGUGCAUGAUGAUGAUUGCGUUAAAACCCUCUAUCGGAAAUGGCAUUCACUAGGCAUCGAAGCAUCCGAAACCCCAUUGGAUAAACUCAUUGACUGUCUGGGCUGUCUUGCUCGGCAAUUUGCCGAUAUCUACAUUCUGAUAGACGCAUUAGAUGAGUGCCCCCAGAACGAAGAACGAGAAAGCGUUUUAGAUUCAAUUGCGACCAUGCGACAAUGGAGCUUACCUGCUCUACAUGUCUUGGUCAGUAGUCAUGAUAUCACCGACAUACGUCAAUCUUUCAACCCUCAACCAGGACAAGCUGUCAAUAUGAGAAACCCUGGUGUUGAAAGAGACAUUUCGAACUAUGUGUUCCACGAAUUGACGACUCGCAUAAACCUCUCUCAUUGGAAGAAUGAUUACUUGCAGAUACAAGCUUUAUUGAACGAGCGUGCACAAGGAGUGUUCCUCUACGUCGCAUCUCAACUACAAUUACCUUUAAAGAAAGCCUCACUCAAACGUGAACGCGAUGCUGUCUUCCAAAAUUUACCACUUGAUAUGCACGAAACCUACGAGCGACUUCUGCGAAGAAUUGAUCAAGAGAAAACCGAUAAUGUACGACGUGUCAUGUCUUUGCUCUGCUAUUCCAACCGUCCCCUCACUACAGGAGAGGUGUGCCAUGCACUUGCGGUCGAUCUUCAAAAAACACCAUGCCUGGACCUUGAAGGUCUACUUGGGGCCGAGGAUCAGCUUCGCAGAAUAUGUUACAAUUUGAUUGAGAUCACGCAAACGGAAAUUACCGGAAACCCCUACACUUCGGUUGUCACUAUAUCUCAUUCUUUGCUUCGACAAUACCUUGAGUCGGAAAGAAUUAGGCAACAGGACGUAGCCGCGUUUGCAAUCGAUCGUCAAUCAGCAAACAAAGAAAUGGCAGAGAUCUGCCUGGUAUAUCUCAAAUAUGCUCUUUCGGAGAAGGGUAGAGGCUUGGAAAAAGUUACUCAAUUUCCAUUCGCUCUCUUCGCAGCUAUGGAGUGGUCUAAUUACUAUCUAGCCUGUUCGGAUAAAGAAUCUGGGCUACAAGAUCUUGCGCUUCAGCUGUUCCGCGAUGAAGAUGGUGGCUAUUUUACUGCUUGGAUCGAGCUAUAUAAUGCGGAUGAUGGGUGGGUCAACUUCCUAAACACAGAUCAACCGAUGAUCCGGAGGGCAUCCCCCCUAUAUUACGCGAGUAUUCUGGGACUUGACGAUAUUGUGGACAAGAUGGCGUCAACAGGAUCUAAUGUGAACGCCGAAGGGGGAACAUACGGAAAUUCACUUCAGGCGGCAUCUCUCAAAGGGCACACUGCAGUGGUGCAGCUUUUGAUCGAGUAUGGAGCCGAUGUCAAUAAAAAAAACGGUACUUAUGGAACUGCUCUCCAAGCAGCAUCUCUGAAGGGUCAUACGGAAGUCGUGGAUGCUUUACUAGGCUGUGAUGCUGACCCCAACAUCCAAGCUGGGAGGUUUGGCACUGCACUCCAAGCGGCAUCUUCUGUGGGCAAUAAGAAAAUAGUGCAGAUCUUACUUGACCAUGAAGCGAAUGCCAACGCUUGUAGUGCCCCACAUGAAAGUGCGUUAGAGAUGGCAACACAGAAUGGUCAUGAAGAGAUAAGAAAUCUGUUGCUUAUAAAGGGUGCGCGUUCAAGCCCUAGAAACUUAGGCAAUGAACUGGGAGCUGCGGCCAUCCGAGGCGAUUUAGAAAAGAUGCAAGAGAUCCUUAAUGCGGAAAAUGAACAUCAGGAUGACCUUUUCAAGACUGCUAAAGACGCUGCAUUACUUGGUGCAUCCCACUUCUGCCAAGAGGGUGCUGUGAGGUUGCUCCUGGAACGAGGUGCUGAUGUUAAUGCUCAAACCAAAACUUUUGGAAAUGCGCUCUACGGCGCAUCAUUGACACAGCGAGAAUAUAGCCAGCAGCUUUUCCAUGAGCAGAUUUUCCGGUUUCUGCGUGUGACUGUUCAUGAUGCUGUUUCUCAAAGCCUCACCGCGGGAGGUGCGCUUGAAUCUUGGUUUAUGGAUAUAAUUUUGCGUGAGGAAAGCCCCCGGAAACAAUUACUGGAGCAAGUCUCGACGUCCAUUUUUAAGAAUCCAGCUAUCAGAAACUGUUACAAAUUCAUGUUUGCAUCACCCGAGGAUUCAGAAAAGGUCGUGGGAAUACUACUGACCCAUGGCGCAAAUGUUAAUGCUCAAGGGGGCAAGUACGGAAAUGCCUUACAAGCUGCAUCUCAUAUUGGGAAUGAAAAGGUGGUCAAACUGCUUUUGGAAGCAGGAGCUGAUGUGGAUUCCCAAGGCGGCUUUCACGGCAGCGCGAUAAAUGCUGCCUCGGCGGGCGGCCAUAGUGGCGUGAUGCAGAUACUCAGAGAUCGUCAAGACGGUAUUGCCGGGAGAAAUGCUGAUCAGCCGGAUGGGCUUUCCUCUCAGACCAACAGCCGUCCUUAG